UCAGUCAGUGGCAGACUCCGGUUUAAAUGCCCUUCAGUCACAGCUGAACCCUGCUGAGCCACUCAGGGCCUGAUGAGUAGUGUGUGUUUUAGUGUAACUGUUUUUUUAAGUUACUUUAUUUAGGUUACUGAUUGUUUUAUUAUGAUUGUCCUCUAAUGAAGCUGGCAGCCUGCCUAUCAUCAGGACUGAGCUGAUGUGAUUUGAGCUGGAGCUGCUUGUCUGGUCCUCUUCCUCUCUGUUUUAUGCCGUCCAUACUCUACACGAUUCUGAAAAGACUUUUAACAGACUAAAGGCUGACUCCCUCUCACAGCUAAAGACAAGCCACAAUGACUUUAUACUUUCAGACCAAGAUUUAGCAAAGAUUUUCUAUCAUGCUUCUGGUGGAGUGUACAUACAAUACAUAUUACAUAUUAAGUUACAGAUAAUGUGUAAAUCAGUACUGUGAUGUAUUAGAGACUCACAGCUUUUGUCUCCAUCAACAGUUUAUUUUUCUGCCACACUGUUUGUUAGUUCUUGAUAUUUAUUUUUAAUAGAAUAUAUCUUGUGUUCAACUCUGCCUAUAAGCUAAUCCACCCCCCCCCCCUUUUUUUGCUACAACCUUGUAUAGCAAAGAAUCACAAUUUCCCUGCUAUACAUUUGCCUUUGUUUUAGAUAGAAAUUCUUGCGAAAUGUGUAUUUAUUAAACUAUUUUGUAUCAAAAAUAAAACUGACUUAAAAAUGAUUUAAAAAUACUUUUCUUAUUUAAGUAAGAAGCAUAUAAAGCAUAUUAACUGCAAUUUGUGUUCUUUUCACGUAAAAUAAUCUUGCCUUGUCUUCCCGUAGCUCUCCUAUUGGUUGUUGACAUUGUUCACGUCACUAUUUGCGUGAGACAAGUCUAUAGACUUACGAUAAUAUUAAACUGGGCUGAUUUUAUCUCGACUCUAGAAAGACUCUCGUGAUUUUAUCCCGACUCUGGAAGUGUGUCUGCGAAAGUGAAGUCGUUAGGUGUAAGGUCGGCAUUAGUGGCUGGGUUUGGUGCUGAGCCUCGUUAAGGCAGUCUAAAUUAGCAGCUCUUGAUUGAAGACACCAUUAGACACAGACAGAGCCAAUAGGGUAAUCAGCAUGGCUCAUUCAGGGCCUCACUCCUUACCCUCAGGAAAACACAAGGACCAGUUCAGAAUGGGAGUGACCUUUCCAAUUAGACUAGCUGCCAUUUACACGCACCCCAACACAUUUCAUCCAAUGGAGCUGGAGGGCCAAUGGUGGAAAGGACAGCUUGCUGGAGAUAUCUACCAUGCUUUGCGCUACAAGGAACUGAGGUUACCUGUCUUCAAAGGUCAGUCCCCACAGCUCAACCUUAGGCGCUACUUUGCAGACCUCAUAGCAAUAGUGAGCAACCGUUUCCGUCUGUGCCCGCCUGCCAGGCACCUGGCUGUUUACCUGCUAGACCUGUUCAUGGACCGCUAUGACAUCUCUGUGCAGCAGCUUCACUUGGUGGCCCUUUCCUGUCUGCUUUUGGCUAGUAAAUUUGAAGAGAGAGAGGACAGAGUGCCUAAGCUGGAGAUGCUCAACAGCCUCGGUUGUAUGAACUCCAUGAACCUGGUGCUGACUAAACAAGGCCUACUACACAUGGAGCUGCUGCUACUGGAGACCUUUCACUGGAACCUCUACCUACCCACUGCUGCCCACUUCAUAGAGUACUACCUGUCAAUCUCGGUCAUUGAGACGGACCUACACGAUGGCUGGCCAAUGGUGUGUUUAGAGAAGACCAAGCUGUACAUGAACAAAUAUGCAGACUACUUUCUGGAGGUCUCCCUGCAAGACCAUGCAUUUCUGAGAUUUGCCCCAUCGCUGGUAGCUGCUGCCUGCGUGUCUGCAUCUCGAGUAAUUCUUCGCCUGUCGCCGACCUGGCCCCCUCGUCUACAGCGUCUCACUGCCUAUACGUGGGAGCAGCUGUUGCCCUGCAUGGAGCGACUGCUAAUUGCCCAUGACAGUGAUGUAAAGGAAGCCAACAAGCAGAAGUGCCAGUUACCGCAGCCCAGUCUGCAGCCGGGACAGCCUGCAUACACAGCUCAAGGCCAGAAUGUCACUAUCACUCAGUACAUCCACAGACCUGCUUUACAGUACACCCAGCAGAGCUGCCAGCCUGUGCUGGUCUCCACCCACGGCACCGGUGCUUACCUGUCCCACACUGCAACACUUCAGGCCCCCAGUGGCCCUUCACAUGGACAAGGGCAGCCUCAGGCAAUUUCUGUACCACUGGACACUAAGCUGAACAUGCCUAACAGGCCCUAUCAGGUGACCUCAGUCUUUCCUCGCACAGCGCCGUGUUUCGACAGGUGAUAAAGACGGGUGGACACGUGAUAAACUGAGUUUCACUGAAUAAGAGACUGUGUGUGUAUGAGAACACACUUAGCACACUCCAGAAAGGAUGUGUACACUAACCAGGGUAGGACCACUUGAGCUGCUAAACGGCAUUUUAUAUAAAAACAAGUAGAAGAUUGUGAAGUAAAAAGAAAAAAAUGUUAAAUACUGUAAGUAAUGGGAAAAAAUGUACUGCAAAGUGAUCAAAAUGUGCAAUACUGUAAAUCUUGCCUAUUCCAUCCACUGAUUCCUUCCUUUUGGAUUUUUCUUUUUUUCUGAGAACAGUGUUAUUUUUUUUGUGUAUUUUUGCCAUUAAAGCAGGUACGAAAACAGAGAAGUAGCUCUACUGGAGAAUGAUGCUGUGAUUUUUAUCAUCAGCCAGCUCUAAACAGUGUUAAUUUAAGCCAAGCUACCUCUAAUGUUGAAUGUGAACUAGCCUGUGAAUUUACAAAAUGCACUUUGCUAUGGAACAUUUUUAAAUAAAAUGCAACUUAUCAGUUGUAUCACUUUG